AUGGGCUUGUUACCGACUGUACCUGGCACCCGCAAGGGUGUCGCUCGAGCAUACUUCUUCGGGACCUUCAUCUGUCUGGCUGGAUUUCUGUUUGGUUAUGAUACUGGCAUCGUCGGCGGCGUGCUCACGCUCAAGAGCUACAAGCGAGACUUCCACUACACGGACAACACAACCGUCAGCGCCGUGAUGGUCAGUCUGCAGAAUGCCGGAGCCUUCAUCGCAGCACUGGGCGUCUUCCCGUUGUCGGAACGCUUUGGUCGCAAACGCACCAUACAAGGUGCCAUGAUACUGUUCUGUAUUGGUGUGAUUUUACAGGUGAUCCCGUCGCACUCGCUGCCAUGCUUCUACGUUGGACGAGUCAUUGCUGGACUGGGUCUGGGAUCCGCCACGGCUGUCGCACCAGCUUACAACGCAGAGAUGGCGCCCAAACAGAUUCGUGGUUUGCUUGGGUCUUGUAUGCAGUCACUAUUCGCCCUGGGGGUGAUGAUCUCGUACUGGAUUGACUAUGGUGUUUCCAUUGGUCUUCCGGUGUCUUCCAAGCAAUGGCAGAUCCCUGUUGGCCUCCAGCUCGUCCCGGCUGCAGUCCUCGGACUUGGCCUAAUUGGUUGCAAAGAGAGUGUACGCUGGCUAGCAAAGAAAGAACGAUAUGACGAGGCCUGGGCGAGUCUGACCUGGAUCCGUGCCGACGACGGCCCAGAAGUUAAAGCAGAGUUCAAUGAAAUCCGAGUCGGACUCGCUGAAGAGCUUCGAGCAACAGAAGGCCUGAAGACUCGUGAGUUGUUGGAACCAGCCAAUCGCUAUCGUCUGCUCUUGGCUUUCGGCAUCUUCCUCGGACAACAAUGCACCGGUAUGACAGCACUGGCUUACUUCGGGCCACAAUUCUUCAAAGUCCUCGUGGGUGGUGGUAGCCAGGACCUACUUAUCACUGGACUCUUUGGCGCUGAGAAAUUCGUGAUGGUCACGACCUAUAUAAUCUUCUUCUCCGAAAAGUGGGGUCGUCGACCAACGUUGUACAUCUCCGCCAUACUAAUGGCAUGCUGCUUCGUCAUCGUCAACGUCGUCAACAAGACAACACCAGCACCGAAGGAUAACAAAGCGAAUUCUGCCGGUAUUGCUACGGUAGCGAUGGUGUUCAUCACGAACAGUAUCUAUCAAUUCAGUUGGGGCCCACUACCAUGGCCAUAUGCCGCAGAGAUCUUCCCGACCCGCAUUCGUGAGGUCGGCACAUCCGUCGGCGUAGCGACGCAAUGGCUGUUCAACUUCACCUUCUCACUGACCACCCCAUACAUGAUCAAAGCAUGGGGCAGCUACACUUUCACAUUCUACGCCAUUCUCGAUAUUAUCAUGGCGACGAUGGUGUACCUGUUCCUGAAAGAGACAAAGGGCCGGAGUAUUGAAGAGAUGGAGACGAUCUUCCAUAGCAAGAGCGCCUUUGAUGUCGAGCGAGCCAGGCGUGAGGGUUUGACGAAGAGCUUUGACGACGAUGGUGCGGAAGAUGUUACUGUGCCUGCGGUAAAGAGUGACUGA